AUGACCGUCGAUCCACGCUAUGUAGAGAACGCUGAGAGCACGGAUGCUGUGGAGACUUCCACCCGUGCCAUGACCGGAUUCAGCGCCAGGCCGGUGGUCAACGGGAGAAUCACUGUGACCACGACCACGACCACGACCAUCGAGCAUACCAAGCCUAUGAGGGAUCACACGAUGGCCAUCGUCCGCGCGACGUCCACACCCGCAAGGCCAGAUGAAUUAAGCUGCACGCUCGGAGAGAGGGUGACGAUCGUAAACAUACACGCAGAUGACCGGGCAUUAUGUGUGAAUGACGGCGGGGAGGAAGGGAUGGUGCCACUGACAUGUUUGGAUUGGGGACCGGGAAAGUUUAGCGAAGUUGAAGAUGGUGCAGAUAUUGGAGUUGCAUAUUGA